AUGGUCACACUAUUAAUACUCAGCUUGGUGAUAGUGCACAAGAGUCUUAUCAGAGAAGACCUCAGGGACUACAGAUGCCACGUGGGAAGCGCCUGGGCAGCCGGCCGCGUGCGAAACCUGGAUGUCUUCCUGCAAGCCCCUGGGAUAGCUGAAACCAGAGGGACAUUAAGCAGAAACCAUAAAGUCACAUUUCUGAAAUGCUUUAGUCAUCAAAGUUCUGUGCAAGUAAAUCUGCUGCAGCUGGAGAAGAUGCACGGAGAUCUGACAGAGUGGGUAGCAGAGGGCUGCACUGUGGAGAGCCUGCAGGUCGUCCCCAGCACAGCCGGGGGAACCAACCGCACCUGUGUGUUACAGACAUCCACGAGAAGGCAGUUCCGUAGAAGAUUUAUUUUCAGAAGCAAAGUCUUUCUGGCAGUGAUUUCGAAUCACACCGUAACAGCAACACCACUCAAGCAGGAAGUGUUUUCCAAUGGCUCAUCUACCCCACGUGUGCACCCAGAGCAGCAGACCUCCCCAGAGAGAAUUCCAUCCACAAAUGGCAAACAUUUGCUGAUCAGACAGAAUAUAGGUAUCAUCAUGAAAGCGUUCAUCGUUUGCAUCCUUUUAGCUCCCAUGAUAUGCUACAUCAUAUGUUUCAUACAUGAAAUAAGCCACUUGUGCUCGUGCCGUGACCGGAUCGGCAGCAGAUGGAGCAGCAAAUGCAUAUCUGCAGCCUCCGUGCCAGUGGAUCGCCAGUCAGGAACACUCUCAGCCCAGCUACCUGAGAACAGAAAGGAGAAGUCAGUGCUAUGUUUUGCCUGACUCUCAGAAUCCCUUCCACAGAUCCUUACAUGAGAAGAUCCCAAAUUGUUGUUAUCCACAAAACCUACUUACGAAAUGCAGGCUUUAGCGAAACACCCUUUUACCAACAAAAAAUGCAUCGUCUUCCUCCUCAUCACUUACUGGAAAAAGCAGAUUGAACAUCAGCAGCUUAAAUAACCACAGCUUCAACCGCUGCAGACUGAAACCAGACAUAAGAAGCAACAUCUACCUGGUUCGGAGCAAUCACAUCAAUUCACUGCAAAAUGAGCUGCUGGGAAGACACGCACAUGCCAAUUCCUUCCAUUAACUACCUGGAUUCAUGUUUUAAUUCCCAGAUACUAGAAAAACCUGUUGGCAUAAGCAAUAAAUACUUCA